UCAUAGUGUAUCCUGCCCUGAGGACAGAGACCAGAGGGGACAGUCCAGGAGCUGUUGCCAGCCCAGAGGAAGGGGACAGUCCAGCCACAGCAAAGGAGGCUCAGGCAAGAUGCCCUCAGGAAGGAAGGGUGACAGGGGCACUGGGGCAACUUGGUGGGUCUGUGUGUCAGGGCCAGGCAUGUCUUUCUUCAGAGAGGUCACUCUGGCUCCUGUGGGGAAGGUGACUUGAAAGAAAAAACAUUGGAGGAGGGAAGACCUGACCCCAGACCAGAGCCAAGGGAAGUGAAUUAUAGAAAGGUUUUUGAAAGAACCCUUGCCAGGGCGUGGUGAUCAAUUGCAUGUGGGAAUGGUGAGGGAGAGGAAUGGCUCUUUGUCAUCAACUCAGCACUCCAUCGACUGAGCCCAAAGGACAGAUCUGUAAUGGGUGGGAGUGGGGGUGACCUGCCGUCCUGGACAGACAAGAGGAUUGUCACUUUUGCCAGGUGCCUCCCAUGACACUCAGUGCCUAUUUGGUAGGCUGGUUAACAUGGGAGACUUUCAUGUUGUUCUUCUGGUCCAAGGGUCUGCAUAUGUUUCUGAGGUUUCAGGCUGCAAUCUGGUGCUCUAGUCCAGCUCUCAGAGGGCUGAGGGGGCCAGAGUCACCGUGGGGUGGAGGGAGGACUCGGCUUUCAGGAAAUAGAGAAGGAAAAAGUCGGAGGGAGCAAAGCUAUUAACACCACCACUCUUUCCAUUUCUGUGUCAUUCAACUAAACACGGUCCUGUUUGUGUAACAUAUUUGAUCCUCAUGCUGAUUUGGAGAUCUCAGCAGAUCAGGGCCACUGCCUUCCCCAGGAAAACAGGGUUUCUAAUCUGGCAUGGGAACCAGGUGGCCCAGGGUCUAAGAGCUGAGCACUUGCUGAACACAGGAUAAGGGUGCUGUGUGUUCCUGGUCCUUUUCAGGAAGUAGAGACCUGAACUACUUAAUUACUUUUUUAGUAAAGUUCAGAGAGAAGGUGUGGGUACAAAACAGCUUCUCCAACUUGGGAACAGUCUCCCAGGGUCCACCUACUGACCCCAGAUUCCCUUCUGAACCUUCCAAGCCUGGGGUGAGGGGAGCCAGUGUCAUCUACCUCAGGGGACCUCAGGACCCCAGCACUGAAGGAACAGGGUCUGACCCCAUCCUUCACUGUGGAUAUGGGAAGAUUGAGUCGGGGUGAAGGGAGCACCCUGCAUCGGCUCUCUCUCCUCAGGUCUUGUUCUCCUUGACCACAGCUUCAUCUGUAGGGACACAAAGACAUGGCCUGGAAAGGGACAUCACCUCUGCUGCUGCUGGUCUGGUUUGCAGCCUCCAUGUGCGGUGCCAGAGACAGGACAGACCUGCUCAACGUCUGCAUGGACGCCAAACACCACAAGACAAAGCCAGGCCCUGAGGACAAGCUGCAUGACCAGUGCACUCCCUGGAGGGAGAACGCCUGCUGCUCUGUCAGCACCAGCCAGGAGCUGCACAAGGACAACUCUCUGCUCUAUAACUUUAACUGGGACCACUGUGGCAAGAUGGAGCCCGCCUGCAAGCGCCACUUCAUCCAGGACACCUGUCUCUAUGAGUGCUCCCCCAACCUGGGGCCCUGGAUCCAGCAGGUGAACCAGAGCUGGCGCAAAGAGCGGAUCCUGAACGUGCCCCUGUGCAAAGAGGACUGUCAGAGCUGGUGGGAAGACUGUCGCACCUCCUACACCUGCAAGACCAACUGGCAGAAGGGCUGGAACUGGACCUCAGGAUCUAACAAGUGUCCAGCUAAGGACGUCUGUCGCACAUUUGAGUCCUAUUUCCCCACUCCCGCAGCCCUGUGUGAGGGCCUCUGGAGUCACUCCUACAAGGUCAGCCAAUACAGCCGAGGGAGUGGCCGCUGCAUCCAGAUGUGGUUUGACCCAGCCCAGGGCAACCCCAACAAGGAGGUGGCGAGGCUCUAUGCAUUGGCCAUGAAUUCUAGGGCCGUGCCCCAUGGGGUUGGGCCUCUCCUUCUCAGCCUGGCCCUGAUACUGCAAGUCUGGCUCCUUGGCUGAGUGGCUUCCACUACUGAUAGCUGGACAUUUUCUUUGCUUCUGCACAACCAGGGUGACCUCGGCUCAGCCCAGCUCAGCUCUCAAUCAGCAGGCCUCACAAUGCCCUGGCCAUUGUUUCCUUAUCCAAGAAGGGUUCUAUGUGGUUCCUGGACUGCUCAUUCAAAUAGAGAGAUCCACAUGUGUCUGUCUUAUAUGCCACUGGGGGAUGAACGGGUUGCCAGGGGUGGGAGUGGUGGACAUGCCUCUUUGAUUCAUUAUUCCUGUUGAGGGGACCAAAGAAGGACUGGGACUAGCUUGAAAUUCACUAGCAAGCAGCAGGUAUAAAUUAAUCCCUUAGUUGGGGCUAAGUUCAUCAUUCUUACAUCCCAAAGUGACAAGGGGAUUGGUGGAGGGAAGGUGGGCAAAAAUUGGCGGAUGAGUAAUUGGGCUUCUGGUGGGAAAAAAGUUUCUUUCCCCUUCCUUCUUUUACUAGAUGUGGCCUGGGAUUGAAAUACUGGUGAAAGGAUCUCAAUGAUGAACGCCUGCAUUAUUUCCUUUUAAAAAAAUGACAAUGCUACAAUGAAUAACCUUGUACAUAGUCAUAUGUUAUAUGACAUCCAGAAGAGGGAUUGCUGGGUCAAGGAGUAUAUGGACUUCUAAUUUGGAUAGUUACAACUUUACAGGGAUUGUAUUAAUGUGACCCCCACCAGCAAUAUCUGAGUGUCUGUUUCCUUAUCAACACAGUAUGGCAUCAAACUUCUGCUUUUCUGCUAAGCUGAUAGGUGUAGUUUUCAUUUGCCAUGUGCCUUGUCAUGAGAACAUGGUUUCUGAGAUAUUUCCACAUCCACUUAUUGAGAACUAGUUCAUACUUUUUAAUUGCUGUACAAUAUUCCAUUCUGUGUAUAUGUCACCUUUAGUCACCUACUGAUGGAUAUCUGAGGGAGGAAGGUUUGCCCUGACAUUUUUGAAAAGCGCAGGCCGGUUAUUUUGUAGAACACCCCUCAUUUUGAGUUUAUUUGUUUCCUCAUCACUAGAUUAAGGCUGUGCAACUUGACACAAAUAUCCCAAAAGUGAUACUCUGUCCUUCUUGGAGCAUCAUAAUGGGAGGUAUAUGGUGUCAGGGUUGCCCAUUCUGAAGAUGGGAACUGAUCUUUUGGUUGAUAUUGGGUCUUCCAGGUUUCUUUACUAUUUUGUUCCCUUUUGUAAUUGAUAUGCAUGUUGCAGGGAGAUACUUUGAGAACUGCAGAUAUCCUGCUCAUCAGUACACUUUCAGCCAUCAAGUUUACUAUCUGAUGGGCAUUUUAUUUAUUUAUUUUUUCUUUUGUUAUUAUAACCCAACCAAGGCUGGGGA